CAGUAUCGUUGGGUACAGCACCGCAUCUUCCUGCUAUGGCAAACUCGAGCUUGUCAGCUCCCAGGACCUGAGUCGCCUAACUGGCCACGCACAGCCAUUGCGAUUCGGAUUCACCAUCCCAGCCUGGAGGACCGCCCCAUUGCCGCCGCCAUCCUCGCAGGUGACUACUGCUUGGACCAACUCUAUUCGGCAUUGCAACAGUGGGUAGCCGACACAGGUGUGCGCGCGGUUUGCCCCGUCAGCCCUCAACCAACUUGUGAUGCCCUGCACUUUGUCGCUUGUUCGCAUAGUCUCGAUGUGGUUGGAGUUGUGCUCAUUUGGGGCGGACGUCUUUGGGCACGCUUCCUGCCUAGGUUGGUCUCUGAGCUGCGAUCAUAUCACAUACAAGGCACGGUCGGUCAUGUUGGGCUACCUUGCGGUGCCCAGGGGCCGCUCGGGACCUCGCUUCGUGACGGGGACUGUCUGCCCUUUUGGCCAGGACCGGAGAUUCCCGCCGACAGCUCGGAUGACGAGGUAGCAGGACUGACGGCAGGUUCGACCAGGCCGGCCCUUGCCGCACGUGACCGCACAGCUCACGGAGGUCUUUUGACAGCCAUAUCUGGGGCCUUUCUCGCGGGCAGGUCUUUCGCGCUGUUAGCCUCUCUUCUCCUCGGACCAGCCCUUGGCACAUCCGCGGUAGCCAUGCAGGUCCCGGGGCAGGACCGCAUUCUGCACAUGUCGUGUCACGCACACGGAGAUGUACGCCGACUACCACCCUGCGAUGGUCCCGGUCCCAUUGGCUUCAUUGACCUAGUUGAGGGCCCCCCCAGGCAAAUUCUCCACCUGGUCUGGUUUCAGGACUUGCCUGUUGUGUCCCUGCGGACAUGUUCUUGUACGAGCCGGGCCAUCCUGGAAGGAGCCCUUCUUGCUGAUGUCGAAGAUCCCCAGGUCCGACUCCGUUUAGAUGCAAGUCCCCCGGCCCUCCCUGCAGUCCACUGGAGACUCACUCGGAUGCCUCACUCUGAAUUUCCGCCUACCCGUUCCGCUGCCUUGACGAGCACGGGCACAUGGGGAUUGCGGUUGGGACUACUUAUCGCGAACCUGGAUGGACAUGCAGGCCGGCGCGGGCUACUCAGUGUCUUGUCCCUGAUCGUCCUCGGGCAUGCGAUGCUGCAGACCGAUCAGGUCUUGGUCCCGGAGCCAUACGAGGGACCUAUCAUCUCGGCUUUCCCGUGGCAACUCUCGAAUGCAGAAAGGACCUUUGCGUCUCUGUCGCCGGUGGGCGCCCCUGUUCUCACCCGGCUGCUGAGCCCUUUUCGAGGAGCCCUGGGGAUCAGAGUAACCGAGGUUGAAUGUACCUGGUCAGAAUUUGUACAACGUACGCUCGCGGAAGACAUUCCGUGGGCGUCUCAGCUCACCCCUGUAUGGCCGGCGAUCGAAUCCCCUGCUCUCUCUUUGGUUCCGGUCCCUCCGGACCCGCGCCUGGCCUGUGUGGUAAUCUCUUCUGAAGAGUGGGAUGUCUCCAUGUGCCUACCGUCCCCGGUACCUUCCCACUGGUUGCUGGAGGCUGUCAGGCAUCAGUCUCCAGGCAUGUUCGGACAGUUGUUUCUGCAAUGGUGA